AUGGCUGCCAAGUAUUUAUUGAAUCACCAAGUACUGGCAGAGCUGUAUAGAAUCGAAAAGGUGUUUAAUAAAGCAGAACCCAUGUACUUGGAAGCAAUCAAUAUACUCGAGGAAUCAUUUGGACAAGACGAUGUACGAAUUGCGGCAGCCCUUCACAAUCUAGGCCAAUUCUAUCUUAUGCAAAGAAAACUGGAACAAGCUCGUGGAGUCUAUGAGUUAAGAGUGUAUCGAUCAGGCAAAGAAGCCAGUCUAUAUCCAAAUAGUCAGCUCCGACUUUGGAGUCAACAAGAGCAAUGCUAUGAACCUUUCAAGAAGGAGCGAAUGUUAUUAACCAUCUUGACGGGCAGCUUGCUUCAGGAGCAGAAGGUAUUUCAGGUGUCCAUAAGUUCCAGCAAGAUGGAACUGAAACCACCAGACAAACUGAUAUGGAAAAAUUCUAAUGUUUGUAGAAUACAACGUCACGACAGCAGUUGGCCUUAA